UUAUAAUCAGUCUAAAUAAUUAUAGAAUAGUAAUUUUAUUUUUUAUCAGUGGCACAGUGUAGAUACUAUAGUCUAGCAGCAAAACUUCACAAAUUAAUGUUCUAAAUAGAAAAAAAGCUUCCUAACUGGAUUCAAAUGUUGUUCAUACUCAUCUCUCUGGCAAAGUUGCGAAUAGACAGCAUGCCCGACGAAGGACAUGAGACAGCUGUUUCUAUUAAUAACCUCAACCCUUUUACUUAUCACAAGACCCUACCGUGGCUUGCUGCUGCCUCACCAAAGCGAUCCUUGUCCCUGACAAACACAACACUUGGACUGGACAAGAGAAAAUAUCAACACAGCAGCAGCUACUGAGGAGAGAUACUGCAACACGGAGCUGUUUGAAAGCAGCUCUCAUCCUUAACAGAGAAACUAACAGCUUAAACCUUCUGGCACCUUGGGGAGAAAGUCUGAGAACAUGAAAACCCUGCGCUUCCUUGCAGCUGAAUGCUUUGUCCAGACUGGUCCAGGUGCUUUGGGGAACCUGAGCUGUGUAUCUUUUAACCUCUACCCACUUCUCUUCAAGGCCUGCUACCUCCAUGAGCAGGCUGACUUGCUGCAUGCUUUGGUCCAGACGUGGCCUCUUCAUGAGCUCAGCAUACAAAGACUUCUGGGAAAGACCACCGACUGUCAGAUGGACCUCACCUCUCGCACCUGCCGACUUUGUCUAGAAGCAAUUUUGACCGGUCUAAAGGAUUAUGUACUGUCUCCUUCAAGAACUUACUUGAAGUGCUUACAUGCGGUGGAUCUGACUGCCCUUAAGGACAUUGAGUACCAGGUCUGCCCAUGCAGGUCCACACUGGGUCGAUGGGCAAGAACCCAACUCCUUACUCAAAUGUGCUAUGAAACAAUGGUGGCUAUGCAAUCCAGUGAUGUGUCUCGAGCUGCCUUUGAAACAUCUAUCGACAUCUACCUAAACGGAUUUGUCACAGGCCGCAACUAUGAGCUGGUGGCCCAGGCCUUCCUGCUCCUUCGCUACUGUCCUCUGAAGCUUCACUUUGUUAGAUUCAGAGCUGAUUCCCUCGCACUCAAACAGCUGUUCUAUGUGCUUCGCCUGGCAGAGCCUGAAUCCAUCACAAAGCUGGAGGUGGUCCACAAUGUUCCCUUGGAGGCCACCCACUUAGAGGUACUGCUGUCCAGGGUAGAAUUCCCCAAAUUACAGUCUUUGACCCUUCCGGCUGGAGCAUUAGAUAUUAGGAGGCUGGGUGCUGAUGAUGAUGAUCUCUUGGCAACAAUUGGUAAUCUGCUGGCAAAGCUGAGCAGCCUCACUGAGUUCUGCGUGGGGUUCUCUACCCUCACAGGACAUCUUCGAAGACUGCUGAGUCCUCUCAACACACCACUAACGGUUCUGGAGCUGGCCAAUUGCUACCUGAACCGUCUGGACAUGACAUACCUGGCCAACAGCCUCCACAGUGAGGCCCUGAUUCACCUGGACAUCAGUGGACAUGACAUCUUUGGCUCCUUCUCCGCACAAUUCCAGAAACUGCUGAAUCGCUGUUCAGCAACACUGGCAAGCCUGACUCUUGAGGAGUGUGAUAUUGAUGAUCAACACUUAAACACAUUCACCGAUGCUCUAACCCCCUGCCAAGGACUGGAAGAACUUAAAUUUCUGGGAAAUCCUCUGACCUCUACUGCGCUGCGCAGGCUAUUCUCCAUACUGUCUGCAGGGUUUCCUAAGUUAAGGUACAUAGAGGUUCCUGUACCCCGUGAAUGCUACUCAGAGGAUGUUACCUAUCCUCUUGAUGACUCAGUCUUGCAGCACUACAACAAGGACUUGUUUCAGGAGAUCAGGCGCCAGCUAUUGGGCAUCUUACAAGAGGCUGGUAGAGGAAGUGUUGAGGUGUGCACCCCCCUGAUGGGAAGCUAUGAUCCAGACAUUAAUGAAACCAGCAAUGAGCUAGGGGUGUCUAUGUUGAAAUCUUUCAACAACAUAAUUGGGAACUUUAUUGGCACCAUAACUGACGUGGACAACAGGAGAUCACAAGCCCAGUAAGGGACCUGAGGCGGCUUCCUGUGGAGGCAUCAGUGGGCUGACAGAAAAGGGUUUGAGCUCAGGCUUUGUAAAAAAAAAACUUGUGUGUGAAAAGAUUUUUAAACCUGACAAAUAUCGUUGCUAGGUUUUCAAUAAAUGGUUGCUAUAGGAAGGCUAUAUCAAUUUGGGCUUUUGUUCUGAGGCUACGUUAACUUACAGCUAUAAAACAAGCUCUUCUAAUCUGCCCUUGACUGAAGGCCAAAACUGACACCAGUUAACAGUUUAAU